AUGAGUCGAAAUCCACGAUCAGUUGGUGGAACAAGAACUCAACAACUUCGGCAUGCAAAAACUUCCGCAGUUUUGAGAGAUUACGAACAAAAAGAAGAAUUGUUAACUAGGCACCAAGCGGAUCCAUUUAAAGUACGCAAAAAAUACAUUAGACCUGAUCCAAAAAAAGUGGAUUUCAGUAAACCUACAAUGACUAAAGCAAUGUUAGCUAAAAUAAAACAAGUGGAGAAACGUAAGGAAGAAUAUGAACGUAAGCAAGAGUCAUUAGCACCUGGUCGAGUACCUAAAAGGACACCUGUACCCGUAGGAGUUAGACCCAGUUAUCCAUCUACUAGUAAAAGAAGUAUGAGUCCAAGAGCACCAAGAUCUCCAGUCCAAAUGUUAUCUAGGAAAACUACUGAAUUAGCCAAAAUGAUGAAUGCUGACAUAGUUCAAACUAAUCCUAUAGGUGAAGGAAUAAUUCAUAAUAUUGUAAUACCUCCUGGAUUAGUGAGCGAUGAUCGUACUACCAUUGUCAAUAUACCACAACCAACUGUAGAUACUGACUCAAGAUCACAAGUAGCUAAUCGUUCAAUUCAAGUGAUCAGUGAAACUCUUGAUGAGCAAGAUGCUGCUGAAUCUGCAGCAGUACAAAAUAGAUUAUCAGAAUUACAACAAGCUAGAAGAGAUUUUGUUAUUGCUGUUGCGAAUGUUGGUGGUAAUGCUCUUCAUCUUGAAGAUGAAACUUCUCUGUCCCUCCUCCCUGAAUCUCCUCCCAUAUCUCCUUUGUAUCAAGCUCCAUCAAGACAUUUAAACGAAAUACAAUUAUAUUUAAUAAUGAUUUCACAUAGAGUCCCUGAGUUACAUGAUGAAUAUCUGCAACCUAUUUAUGGAUCAGAUCACCCAGAUCUUAUAGCUGCUCGUGAACAUAUGCAAAAAAUUAAAGCUGAUAUUGCAGAAAGAGAAGCAGCAAGAAGAAUGGAAGAGGACUUUAGAAGAAUAGCAGCAGCAGAACAUAUGUCAGAUGAUUUACAUUUAGACAUUCCUUUCGAAGAAGAAAUUUUUCAAGAAAGAGAUAUAUCUUGGGAAGAAGAUGAAAGUGGUAUGGCUAUGCCUCUUCCAUCUAGGAUAAAAGCACAUUUGCCUCCUAUUCCUAAACAAGAGAAACCUUAUCAAUACGAGCCUUUUGAUCCAGCACAAUUAGAAAAAUUUUUUGACAUUCAAACUCAUCCACCUUGUCCACAAUGUAGACCACCACCAGGUAGAGAAGAUUUACAUCCCGAUCUUUGGGAAUUAGAUGAUCCAUGGUUUAAGCCACCUCCAGAACCUGAUGAGCCAGAUUUAAUACAAUUUGACUAA